AUGGGAAAAGGCGAUUUUACGAAACCCGUUAAUUUCGUGUCGAAAGGUACAGUAAAUCCGAACCUGGAUCGGGAUGCUGUAGAGGAAAGGCCCGGAUUGGGAGCCAAGCCGCAGGAGCCGGCAGAGGAUGAGGAUCGGAGCGGAUUGGGUCGGACGGGCCUCGGGUUUGGUGGAGCAGGCUUGGGAUUCACGUCCGGGGGUUCCGAACCUGAAAGGCCAGGUUUGGGAGCCAAGGGGGAGGCACAAGGAGAGGAGGAGGAGGAGGAAGAGGAUCACUUAGCCAAGACUGCUUUCGGCCAGCGGCUAAGGGAGCGAGCAGAGCAGAGGAGGGAGAUGGAGAGGGAGCGAGCGAAGCAGGAGAAGCAAGAGGCGUCGUUUUUCGCGCAGCAGAAGGCGAAUAAAGGGGUUGCUGGCGGGCUUUUCGGCUCUGGAGGUGGGGGAGGGGGAGGGAAGGGUGCUGCUCAUGGGGUUGGAACGUUCGAGAAGCACACUAAAGGAAUAGGGAUGAAGCUUUUAGAGAAGAUGGGGUACAAGGGAGGCGGGCUGGGUAAGAACCAGCAGGGUAUAGCGAAGCCGAUAGAAGCGAAGCUUCGCCCGAAGAACAUGGGUAUGGGCUUUAACGACUUCAAGGAGAAAGAAGUCGGGUUACCACCCCCGCCGUCCGGGAAAGACGGGGAGGUGUUGGGAGGGGAAGGGGAGGGGGGAGUGGCUUUGGAGGUUGUGGAAAAGAGAGGGAGAGAGAAGCUAUGGAAGAAGAAAUUUGCUGGGAGGAGGAAGGAGUAUAAGACAGCGGCUGAGCUGCUGGAAGAGAAGCAGGCGGAGGGGCGGGAGGUGACUCAGACGAUCCUGGACAUGCGUGGAGCACAGGUCCGUGUGUUGACGAACAUGGACCGGUUGAACGAGGAGCAGAAGCUUCAGGAGGACGACACGCCGAUGCCGGAGCUGCAGCACAACCUGCGACUGGUGGUAGAUCUAGCAGAGGCAGACAUUCAAACCAUCGACAAACGCCUAAGGUUCCAACGAGACUCGCUCACCGCUCUCAAGCAGGAGCGCGACCGCACGCAGCAGCGCAUGCAGCAGCAGGCGCAGCAGCUGAUCGACCUCCAAAGAAUCGUCGGCGUGUUGGAAAAUGUUUUGUCGUCUGCCCCUCCGCCGCUGCCGCCGCCAUCGACGGCGUCGGCCGAAGCCCUCGCGCAGGACUCGCACGCGAUUGCGACAUCUGUCGCCAUGCCAUUGGCCACGCUGCGGAGGCUGAGGGAGCAGCAUCCCGAGGAGUUCAAGAUGUAUAAUGUCUCGGCGGUGGCGUUGGGGUUUGUGCUUCCCCGUCUUGCUCCGCUUUUCCGCACCUGGAAUCCUCUUGCUCACCCCUCCCACGGUCACGCUGUGCUGUCCUCCUGGCGUUCCGUGCUCGCACGAGACGUAGGAGGAAGAGGAGGAGCGAAGGGAGGAGGAGGUGAGAACGACGAAGAGAGUGGGGCGAUUUUUGCUGACGUGGCACUGGCUGAUUCGGUGGCAGAGCCGGGAGCAGCCGCAGGAGGGGUGGGAGGGGCGCCUGCUGACAUGGACCCAUACGCCCGCCUCGUCGCUGAUCUUGUGCUGCCAGCUGUCAGAUCCGCAGUGGUCAAUCUCUGGGAGCCUCGGGAGCCCGAGCCUCUCCUGAACUUCCUCGACACGUGGCGCGCUCCGGUGCUGCCAUCUGUCCUCCUGAGAACGAUCCUCGCGCACCUGGUGUUCCCGAAGCUGGCAGCGACAGUGGAGGCUUGGGACCCGAGGCUGGAAACCGUACCUGUCCACCAGUGGCUGCACCCGUGGCUGCCGUACCUAGGCUCGCAGCUCGAGACGCUCUACCCAACCAUACGCUUCAGGCUCGGGUCUGCCCUCACCGCCUGGCACCCAUCCGACUCGUCUGCUCUUGCAAUGCUCGCUCCGUGGAAAUCCGUAUUUGACGCGGCUAGCUGGGACACUCUAGUGAGUCGAUCCAUUGUCCCGAAGCUUAUACACUUACUGCAAACAGAGUUCUUAGUGAAUCCGCAGCAGCAGCAGCUGGAGCCGUUUCAUUGGGCCAUGUCGUGGGCGGGUGUGGUCCCCACGCGCCACCUCAUCGCCUUGCUGGACACCGCAUUCUUCCCGCAGUGGCACCAGGUGCUUUACCAUUGGCUGUGUGCAAACCCUAAUUUCGAUGAAGUCACCCGGUGGUAUCUGGGAUGGAAGGCGCUUUUUCCCGCCGAGCUUUUAAGCUCGGAAAGGGUGCGGCAGCAGUUGAACGUUGCUUUAGACAUGAUGAAUCAGGCUGUAGAGGGGAUGCCGGUUCUGCAACCCGGCGUGAAGGAGAACGUCUCUUACUUAAGAGUUUCGGAGCAGCAGGCGUUUGCAGAUGGGGCAGGGGCAGGGAGGGGUGCAACUGGUGCAGGCAGUGCUGGUGCUGGGGGACCUGGUAUUGCAGCAGGUGGGGUUGGUGGGGGUGGUGGGAUGGGUGGUGCUGGUGCAACCAGUGGUAGCACGUUGACAGGAGGGAGAGGGGCUGGAGGCGGGAGGACGGGGAUGGUGCAUCAAGAGGAUGAAAAGGAGCUUUCUCUACGAGAGGUCGUGGAGCGAUUUGCGUUGCAGAACGACGUGAAAUUCCUGCCGAAACCCGGGCGCACGCACGAGGGCAUGCCGGUGUUUUUGUUUGGCACGAUCAGCCUGGUGAUAGAUUCGCCGAAGCAGCUGCUGAUGGCACAGGAUGAUAAGCACGUGUGGGUACCUGUGUCGUUGGAGCAGGUGUUGGAUAUGCAUAGAAAGAAGGGGGGGAGGUGGGCAUAG